CUACGUUGGCAAUUGCAUUAACUUUCCCGAUUGUCAAAAUGUCAUCAAAUGCCAAGCAAACGCCCAUUCCAAAUGCGAUUAAAUUCCUCUUCGGAGGAACAGCUGGAAUGGCAGCUACAGUAUUUGUCCAGCCUCUAGACCUGGUUAAGAACAGGAUGCAGAUGAGUGGUGAAGGAGGUGGUGCCAAAGCGCAUAAAACCAGUGUUCAUGCCAUCAAAAGUAUUAUUAAAGAGGAGGGAGCACUUGGUCUGUACAAUGGACUCUCAGCUGGAUUAUUACGACAAGCCACAUACACCACCACCAGGCUGGGAAUAUACACAACGUUAUUUGAUAUGGCUAUAGGUGCUGAUGGGAAACCUCCACCAUUUUUAAUGAAGGCUGGCAUAGGUAUGAUAUCUGGAGCAAUAGGGGCGUUUGUAGGGACACCGGCUGAAAUCUCUCUAAUCAGAAUGACUUCAGAUGGAAGACUGCCAGUGGCUGAGAGAAGAGGCUAUACAAGUGUUUUCAAUGCCUUGGCCAGGAUCACAAGAGAAGAAGGCCUCUUGACACUGUGGAGGGGAUGCGGUCCGACGGUUGCCAGGGCGAUGGUGGUAAACGCAGCUCAGCUUGCAUCCUACUCACAGGCUAAACAGUUCCUACUAGGAACAGGUUACUUCCAAGAUAAUCUCUUUUGUCAUUUUGGUGCUAGUAUGAUCAGCGGUCUAGUGACUACUAUUGCAUCAAUGCCAGUCGAUAUUGCCAAAACAAGAAUCCAGAACAUGAGGAUAAUAGAUGGAAAGCCUGAAUACAGGGGUGCCAUUGAUGUACUGUCACGCACCAUACGCAGCGAAGGAUUCUUCAGUCUCUGGAAGGGCUUCACUCCGUACUACACCCGUCUGGGACCGCACACCGUACUCACCUUCAUCUUCCUAGAGCAGUUCAACAGGCUCUACCGAGAAAGAGCCGCGAACAAGUCCUAGAUCUACGCCCUAGAUCUAGGCCCUACAUCUCACCCAUCCUUUGCUCAGGGGUGGACUGUUCAAGGGGAGUUUGGAGAGUUUACACACGGGCCGCUCCAUAUUUUUUUUUUUAAGGCUGAUCCAUUUUGAGGGGUCAGUGACACAAAGACAUAAUUCCAUUUUGGCCAUUUUGAGUACUUGGGCCGUAAGGAGUUAAGUCUUUGUGUUUCUUAGAAAGCCCACAUUUUUCUGAACAUUUUUAUAUCAAAUACUCAUUUUGGCAAAAUAUGGAGUUACAUCUUUGUGUCACUGAACCCUCGAUUUAUGGUCUGAGGGUCGGUUGGGAACGAAUUACAUAAGGAAAUAUUAAAUUCCCCAAUCUCCUUUUAGCGCCAAUCCGCCCCUGCCCACACUGAAUCAUUGGACGGGAUAAGUUAAAGUAAAACCCACACAAUGUUGCCCUAUUGAGUCUAACGUAUAGCCCCUUUUCAUUAUCUAAGCUUUUGCUUUAUCUUAUAUUACCAAGCGUGUAAAACAUGCUUGGUUUUUUAAUAAUGUUAAGUAUAUAUUAUAUCCUCUUUAAAAGUGGACAUUAUGAUCGGGUUAUCAAGCUAAAGGGAUGCAUUUGCUGACAAAGAUUAAGACUAUAGUCUCGAACUGACAGUCAGCCGUCAAACUAACAUGUACUCCUUUGUUUAAUGACGUGACAAGAAAGAAGGGGUUCUGUUUCAUUUGCUACACAAAAAUAAAAAAGGAAAAAAGAAAACUGUCUAAAACAUGAAAAUGUAAGGCCUGUAUAGAAUGUAGGUAAGAGUACAUAUCACAGUGUCUGACAUAACACAAAAUUGAAUUCAUUUAGUCGGUCCUGAUUCUGUAACCGCCAUAAUUGGCUAAUCUGGGGGGCGUUUCACAAAACUUGUCAUCAGUGACAAAUGACAGUUUUUGUUAUAAGCUACUGAAAUCCUUGCUUUUGAUUGGAUAUCAACUGAUCUGUCUUUGAUUUUUAUCAUUUGUCAUUGCAAAAAAGGCUUUGUGAAACGGGUCCCUGGUUAACAUCAUUAGAGAUUACAUAUAGCUUCAAUUCUGCAUGGUUUUUUAUUGGACAAGGAGCUUGUUGUGACUAGAUUACUUCUACUUGUAAUUUCAUUCUUUAAUUGUGUGAUAGUGGUACGUGACGUUAGUCCUUUACUUGGGGUUUCGUGGUAUAGUGGAUUAGGCGCUGUAAUGUUGACCUUCAGGUACUGGGUUCAAAUCCCUACUGCAUCAUUAAUGUUCCUUGGUUAGAACAUUAAUCCAUAUUUGGGACUUGAUGGGAAGAAAUUUCUGGAUAUGCUUUAGCAAAUUUUUCAGGGAAGCUUGGAAAUACAUGUAGCCAGGAGUGCUAAUAGUAUUCAGCCCUUGGUAUCCUUAGGAGAAGAAAAAAACACUCCUUAAGACCAGCAUCAUUACCCAUUUUGGUUAAAAUAGGAGUUUUGGAAGAACGUAAUCUUUAGGAUACGAUCAAAUCUAGGCAAGGACGAAGAGUUUAUGUAGGCUUACUGAGUAUAUUAAAACAAUGGCAUAUCAAGUCACGCAUAACUAGUCGUGUGCCACUGCAUGUGCAUGCAGUUUCUGAGCAAGGUAUGCUUAAUUCCACCAUGAGUUGCGUUUAUUUCUGUCUUUUGUUUUGAUGGAAUUGAAUUGAACUGUGGAAAAACAAAUCAAGUACUUUAACCUUACUCAGUGAGAUGUCAUGAUGUGAAAUACAUUGUGUCUUUAAGCCUCUUAACAAGCUUGAUGUUGUCCCGUCUAUUAACUGUUUAGUAUUCAGUAAUGAAGCCAUAUUCAAACACGAGAUGGUAAAGAGCGUAAUGCUGUAGUCACACUAUCACGCGACGCAGAGCUUUUGAGAGUCGCGUAAAGCCAGUGGUGCGAUACAGGCAGUAGGAUGUUCCUUCUCCUGUCAUAGCAAUUACGCUACCUACUUAUACGUCAUCCUUAAUCGUUCCCGAACAAUAUGACAAAUAUUACAAAUGUAAGGCCUGUAGUCCAAAUUUGAGUAAAAACAAAUAGCAUGUAGGUAUUUAAGAGUCAUAUCACAGUGUCUAAAAUAAAAUACACUUGCAUUAAUUUUGUCCAUCCUGAUACUGUAACUGUUAUAUUGGCUAAGCCGGUUAACAUCAAGAUAGGCUUUAGAGUACUGAGUUCAAGUCCCUACUGCAUCAGUACACUAAUGUUCCUUGGUUAAGACAUUUAUCCAUAACUGUAA